AUGGAGGACAGGAACACCGUUGCAUGGAAUUCUGUCAUAUCUGCAUGUUUAAUGAAUGGAAUGGAAAAUGAAGGUCUUGAGCUUUACCUGCAAAUGGCCGACUGUGGGAUACUUGCGGAUGCAUAUACAGUGUCUAUUCUCCUCACGGCUGCAGCAGUAAGCCAAUGGUCUGUAAUUACAGGAAAGCAGCUCCAUGGUCUUGCUGUUAAAAUGGGACUGUAUAUGGAUACACUGAUAGGAAACAGCCUCAUUACCAUGUAUGCCAAAAAUGGGGAGAUUUCUGAUUCAUGGCAGAAGCUUUUAAGUCUGUAUCGGAAGCGAUAUCAUCUCUUGAACUCCAUUGUCCACGCUCACCUCAGAAUGAGCAAUUUGAGCAAGCGUUGGCUCUGUAUGUCCAAAAUGAAGGUUUUGGGCUUUGAACCAGAUGAAUUUAGCUUUGUUGCUGCUCUGGCAGCUGUGGUGAACAGCUUUGGUGCAAUACUGGAAGGAAUUCAUUCCAAUUUGGUAAAGAUUGGCAUGACACCAAAUGCAUUUGUAGGAAGUGCGCUCAUUGGCAUCUCCUCUCUCUGUGAUGAGGGAAGAAACUUCGAACCAGAUGAUUCUCACAUUGCAAGUAUUCUAGCAGCAUGUGCAAAUACCAUUACGGUAGAACAUGGAAGGCAGGGUGCAUUGUCUGAUCCUGAAAUCAGACCAAAAAUGGAUGCAGCUGUAGCCAAUGCAUUAAUAACAAUGUAUAGUAGAGCUGGAAGAGAGAAGCAGAAAGGUCUUCUCCAAACUUCGACCAAGAAUGUAAUAUCAUGGACAGCAAUGAUGGGAGCUAUGUUCAGUGUGGCAACCGUCAAGAGGCAUUUCGACUUUUGA